CACAACCGGUAUCAUCUGUUUUCAACCACCUUCGUUUUUGAAGGGUUAAGACUAAAGAGAGACGACAGCCAGAGUCCAAUCAAUGACGAGGGGAAGUCUCUCAAAUCUAUAUCUUUUCAUUUACAACUCUGCUCAAGCUUUUGGAUGGGCAACUGCUUUGUUCAAACUUUCAGUUUCCUUUUCAUCAACAAAAUCAGUUAAUGGCGGUUACGCCUCUGCUGGAGAACUAAUAUGCUUGUUACAAACCGUUGGAUUUAUGGAAGUGCUUCAUGGAGCUUUAGGUAUCGUUCCUAGUGGAUUCUUAUUCCCUCUGAUGCAAUGGGGAGGAAGGACACAUUUCCUGCUGGCAAUUGUCCGUCAAAUAAACGAGGUUCAAGAUUCACCAGCGGUUUUAAUUGCGUUUUUGGCUUGGUGUUGCAUGGAGAUUGUUAGGUAUCCAUUCUAUGCUUUGAGCUGCUUGGGUAAAUGCCCUUCUUUUCUUACCUACCUCAGGUAUACAGUCUUCAUUGUGAUUUACCCAAUUGGAGUUCUGGGUGAAAUGUGGAUCAUGUACAAAUCACUUCCGGCCAUCAUGGAGAAAAACCUAUAUGCAGAUUAUUUUGCUGCCAUCCCUUUCAGCUACUAUACAUUUGUCAAGGUGGUCCUUAUCUGCUACCCAUUUCUAUGGUUGCAACUAUACCUCUAUUUGUUCAAGCAGAGGCGAUCAAAACUACGCCCGCGCAGUGAGAAGGAGAAAAAGAAAAAGUGAAGACUCAAAUUCUUUCAUUCUAACUUAAAAGUUGAAGGUGAAAACCAUCUCCUUUAUUAGCUUUUGGCUAGCUGGUAUUCAACUGUGUGUCCUUUAAUCUUCUUCCAUAUGAAUCAUUAUUUGAAUACUUGCUUAUUUAAAUCAAUAAACACUUGUUUCUUUA